AAUUUAGAUGGUUCUUUCAUUUUUUUUUUGUUGAUGUACUCUUUUUUAUGGAUUUUGAAUGAAAUGUUUGUUCAUUAUUAGAAAAAAAAUACUGACAGAUGUAGUGAAGAAUAUUAUUACUUAAGAGAUGAUAGGAAAAGGGAGUCGAUAACAAAUGAAUAAAUAAAUAAAUAAAUAAAUAAAUGGAGAGAUGUAGAAUUGCAUAGUGAAAAAUGAGGAGAAGAAUAGGAAACGGCCAAAAGAAUGGACGGUGGAGAUUAGAGAGAUGAGAUGUUGAGUUUGGAAUUGGAAAGCUCUUUUUAUUGGAAUCUCAGGAGCUCCGACGCCGAUGGCAUUAAAGGAAACAUGGUAGGCCACCUGCCUCAGCCUCACACUCACACCGCCAUUUCUCUCAUAUAUUUCCCCAAUGCUUCUUUCGUUACUUCCAAAGCUGAACAACAAUAACAACCUCUCUUCACAUUUUCUCUUCUCAAUUUCAACUCCAACUCCUCUCAUUCUCUUCUUCUUCUUUCUCCAAUGGCUCCUCCUCCUCCGCCCCUUAAUCUCAAGCAAUCUUCCUCCUCCGCUGCCCAAACCUUGACCGCCACUACUGGCCAGGAUGCUCGCCUUCUUGUUCGCGAGACUCUUCGAAUUAGCGCCGGUUUGGCCUCUGCUCCGCCCGAUGUGUCGCCAUCCUCUCUGCCUUCGGUUGCCGGCCACCGCCAGACUAAUCGCAAGCUCGGCCUGGUCGAGGACGAGUUCAUAGCCUCCAGCUUGAGAUUGAUUUGCUGCGAGGAACUCGAUGGCCGCCGAUGGCAGUACGUCGCUGAGAGUGAUCCCUCCGGUCUAAGCUUUAAGAAAGGAUCCUUCCGAGCCCUCAGCUUGCAAACUCCGCAACUCCCGUUGGACGGUUUGGUAGCAUUUGUUAGAUCCUAUGUUGUUCCAGAGGGUUUCCCUGAUAGUGUAACCCCAUCCUACGUCCCCUAUAUGACAUGGAGAGCUUUGAAGCACUUCUUUGGGGGAGCAAUGGGUGUUUUCACAACUCAAACUCUUUUAAAUUCAGUUGGUGUCUCCAGAAAUAGGGCUACUCCUGGUGCUAUCGCCAUUAAUUGGAUUCUCAAGGAUGGUGCUGGUCGUGUUGGGAAAAUGCUUUUUGCCCGGCAGGGAAAGAAAUUUGAUUAUGAUCUAAAACAGAUGCGAUUUGCUGGUGAUCUUCUCAUGGAGUUGGGUGCUGGUGUGGAGUUGGCCACUGCCACUGUGCCUCACCUUUUUCUUCCUUUGGCGUGUGCAGCUAAUGUGGCGAAGAACAUUGCUGCUGUGACAUCGACAUCAACUCGUACACCCAUUUACAAAGCCUUUGCUAAAGGAGAAAAUAUUGGAGAUGUCACUGCUAAAGGAGAAUGUGUUGGAAAUAUUGCAGACCUGCUGGGAACUGGGAUGAGCAUACUGAUUUCAAAAAGAAAUCCUUCGUUGGUUACUACAUUUGCUUUGCUUUCAUGUGGAUAUGUUCUCAGCUCUUACCAAGAGGUUAAAUCUGUUGUGUUGCAUACGUUGAACCGGGCAAGAUUCACUGUUGCUGUAGAGUCCUUCCUAAAGACAGGACGUGUACCUUCAUUGAAGGAGGGAAACAAGAAUGAAAACAUAUUUAGUUUCCCAUGGUUGAAAGAGAGCCAUGUAGUUCUUGGACCAAGAUUCAAAGAUGCAUUCCAAGACCCAGGGGAGUAUCUUGCGGUAGAGCCUUUCUUUGAGAGGGAGAAAUAUAUUGUUACAUAUAAUCCAUCAAAGGACCAAGUAUAUGCGUUGCUAAAGGACCAGGCGAAGCCAGAUGACAUUCUGAAGGCAGCGUUUCAUGCUCAUGUACUUUCUCAUUUCAUACUCUCAUCAUACGGGGGCCGCCGUUCAGCAUCUCAAAAGAGGAAAGAUGGUCAUUCAAACACUGUGCCCACCACAGCAGUUGAUCUAGAAGCUCAGAUUGCGGAGUCAUGUAGGAUAGUCUCGGCAUCGUAUGUUCUUUUCAAGCAUAAAACUGCUGAGCAGGGUUGGACAAUGUCAGAAUCAUUACUUAAUCCAGGCCGCGCUCGUAUAUGUUAGAGUGCUUAAUUGGGAAAGAGACGCUGAGGCUGUUCUAUACUUGGUUGAAUGCGAGUUGAUGGUUGGGACAAAACCUUCGUAAGGAUUACCAGAUCCAUGGCAUCAUAAGAAACAUGUCUCCUAUGAAGCCAAUGUGCUCUCUUAUUCUUCUCAUUUGCUCUUUGUUCGGUUGGAGACGGCAUGUUAUACUGUUUUAAGAGUUUAGAAAUAGCUCAAUUGUAGAUAGUACGUGUUAGUGCAUAUAUUACAAUUUCAUAUUACUUGCUAGGAGGUUUUAUUUCGAGUUUAUCGCCAUUUUUCUUUUUCGGCUAACUGUAUAACCUAUACAUUAUUGUGUUUUUUUUUUCAGCCCAUAAAACAUGAUUUCCGAACUAUUAAGUGUUGUAAAGUGAUCUUUCUGUAAAGUUUUGUCAUACGAUAGAACAUUUAUGUGGCUGUUUAGUUUA